AUCUCUCCGAACAGCCACAAGCCGACGACUAAAGGUUCAAUUAAAUCAAAAUAAUUCUGCAGCGCAGCCUACCAGCAGUUGUCUCGGGACGUCGGGUUUGUACUGAGGUGGAGCUCUCCGUACGGCUCUUUCGAAAAACAUGGAAAUGAAUUACAACGUUUCCAAAAGUGACGGCUUUCUGCAGCAGAAAUGGGACGCCUUCCUGGAUGUGGUCGGUGACGAUCCGGAACUGCUCUACGUAUGGUACCAGUCAUUGUACGUCUACUCGUUUUACUGGCUAAUGGGAUCACUUUACAUAAUGAUGGACAUCACCGGGCGCCCUCGGUUCCUACGCAAGUACAAAACCCAGCCAGGAAUGAACGAACCGCUCAGCUGGACCGAUUUAAAGAAGAUCGUUAAAACCGCCUUUGUCAACCAGUUUCUGAUCGGCCUGCCGCUGUCCUACGCCCUCUUCCAUCUGUUCGCCCAAGACGCAUACCCCAACGUGCGGAUUCUGCCAUCCGCGGUGGAAGUGCUACGUGACUUCAUCAUUAGCGUCAUCCUGUGGGAGGUUGGCUUCUACUACAGUCACCGGGCUCUCCAUCAUCGGUUCCUGUAUCGGUUCGUCCACAAGCGGCAUCACGAGUUCACGGCCCCGGUUGCGUGGGCCGCUCUUUACGCCCAUCCGAUCGAGCACGUCACCAGCAACAUGAUCCCUCCGCUGCUCGGGAUAGGGCUGAUGAAGAGCCACUUCGUCACGACGCUGGCGUGGUUCACGUACGUAAUGCACGAUACCCUGGCGACCCAUUCCGGGUACCAUUUGCCGGUGCUGGGCAGCAGCGAGCGCCACGAUUAUCACCACUUGAAGUUCACUCAAUGCUUCGGCGGAUGGGGUAUCCUCGAUUGGCUGCACGGUACCGAUGAUCAGUAUCGCAAAUCCAAGAACUAUCAGCGUGAUCGCCGGCUUUGGAGCGGGAAAUCUGCGCGGGAACUCGUCCCCGACAAAUAGACGUCGUCGUCGUCGCCCAUUGGCGCUAGACGGGUGAAAGGAGCUUUAGCCGACGUCAAAAGUGGGACGCGACCUAUAGUUGUCUUUAGUCAAUAGAUAGGGUUAAUUUAAUGUGGACUACCUCCUACCAUCCUAUCCUAGUUUAUACGGGUACAGUGCCAUUGUGUGCUAGUAACAUUUAUUUUAUGCCAUAGAAUAAUAAAGUUCAAUCGGGUCGCAACCCGUUAAGUUCAAGUA